AUGACUACAUUGAUCAGCUUGCCGGCCGAAGUGUUACAAGAUCUUUUCCAAAACAUUAACCAGCACCAAGCAUUGGCGCUUGCGCCCUUGCAUUCAUAUUUAAAUUCAUUAACAAAGGCAAAGCUAUAUCACAGAAUUUUGGUAUACAAGUCCUCUCAGUUGGGAGCUAGUUUCGAGGGACCAACAGGAAGAAUGGUUGAUGAAUUUCGGUAUCAUAAAACUAUCAACAAUCUUAAAAGCAAUUCCUACACCAUCAUAUCAAUCAACACACUUGAAAAAUACAUGACGAGAAUGGAAAAAGAUCAAGUUAUUACCCGAUUUGAAAUUAUGGAAUGCAAUUUUAUGAUAUUGGAUUGCAUUCUUAGAUACUUCACUUCUAUCAAAACUUUGGAGGUCAUUCUGCAAGAUUCUGCGUAUUCUAGACAUAGUUUCCACGAAUGCCUUCGUAUAUACCUGAAUUCCGUAAGGCCAAAAACUUGUUAUUUGCCCCAUAAGGAUCCAUAUAGGUAUGGAUUUUUGAAUGAGGAUUAUGUUACGAAGCUCAAAAUUUUGGAUUUUCAGUUGCAGGAAGCAUUUGAGUUUGUUGAGCAAUUACACGGAGUCAAAGAGUUAGUUCUCGAUUUCUACCAUCGGAGGUCUGAAAUUGCUUACUUUGACUUUCGGUCAUCGUUAAUGCUUCAAAAACUACACUUGGCGGAACUUCCACAAAAGUCUGUCUCUUAUUUCAGCGAUGCUUUCUGCGUUAAGAAAUUACUGGAGUUGACGAUCCUGGGCGAACUAUUUCCAACUCAGAUAUUCAAAAACCGCGAUUUCAGCGCCGAGACUCCAAACCUAAUUCAGCUUUCUAUUCUAUUUAAAGACGAGUAUGCCUUGUUAGCGCUCCAGGACAUGCAAAAGCUUCGACACUACUCCUUGAAGGCUCUUGUUGUUUCUACCUACGAAUGUGGCCAAAAUUUUGCCAACGCAGUGUGUGAAUUGCGUGCUCUGUUUCCUCUAGCAAGCAUCAAUUGGUGGCACAACUCGGAAAAGUUCUUGUUGGAUCAUUCAUGCGAUGUUCUUGCGGCAUUCAGCCCACUGCUAGCUACCAACAUUGUGGGAUGCCAUAUACGCCAAAGGUUCUCAAGCACUUUAUCACGAGAUGUUAUUAUCCAUUUAGAUUGUGGAAAAAAAAUGAUAAUGAAGUUGAAACACUACUAUUCGGACUUCGAAUUGAGUCAAAUUCACAAAGGUACGGAACUGCGUGAGUAUCAUAUUUUGAGUGACAACAUAAACGGUAAAUACUGUUGA